UAUUUCACAAUACAAUUAUUCAAGCAUUGCUUUUUUGUCUCUCAUUUAUUGACCUCCCAACAAAAAUCCGACUUUUUAUUUUUACUCAGCAUUUGAAGACUUUAAUCACCAGUUUGAUUUGCAAACAGUUACUCUGGAUUUUUUUUCCUGCUGUUCAAUGAAGUUGUAAUGGCUACAAUUUUUCUGUUGUUUAUAUUUUAGUUUUCUUACUGCUCAUGCACUAUAAUUAAAUGAAUGAAAUAAAGUGCUACUUAAGACUUGAAUGUAAGUUUAAAAACAUAUAUUAAUUAAUACAUAAUAACUCUCGCGUGACCUUAAAAGUGUUCUUUUUAUAACUGUGUAUUCUCUGCACUGCUCUUAGUCUCUUUACCACUGUAAUUAAUAGUUAUAAUAACGUAUUUUAAUAGUUAUAAUAACGUAUUUUGAUACUUUGCUUGAAGUAUUCCACUUUGCCAAACUCCCAGGUGCCUUCAUGACCCCUCCACAUACAGAUGCACGCUGGGAACUGUAGUUUAUUAGCUACUAUUGCUAAAGCCAACUGUUCUAACGAACUACAUCCCCCAUCAUGCUCUGCACAUUUUCUUCCUCCUUUCCUUCCUUCCUGCAGUCUCGGCCCUUCUCCCUUGAAAAAGGAAGAUGAGAAGCCGCAGCAGCCGUCCGACACCGAACCGAACCGGACUUCUGGUGGCAUGUCGUCGGGGCGGCUGCUGACGGAGCGGAGGCCGAGCCUAGUUUCCGAUUCCCGCCCCUGAGAACUGAAGGCGCCGCUGGAGCGGCGGGUGGAGCUGCAGCCUGCCGGGCCGAACCGAAAGUCACGCCGAGCCGAACAGAGCCACUGUCGCCCACGCUCUGCCAACGAUGCACAACGACCCACAGGACUGAAGCCUCGACGGAACCCCAUCCUGACCGCAGACCAGAUCACCCCCUCCUCCUCCUCCAGGAUCAAGACUUUUUACUUGUGUGCCGGAGAAAUGCUGCAGGGCGGUUACUGGCAAGAAGACAGCUAUGAAGCGUCCCUGCAGGUGGCAGCAUGGAGCGCUCUGGCAGCAUCCAGCUGGACAUCCCAGACUUCAGCAACUCGGUCCUGUCUCACCUGAACCAGCUGCGUGUUCAGGGCCGUCUGUGCGACAUCGUGGUCAACGUCCAGGGUCAGAGCUUUCGGGCACACAAGGUGGUCCUGGCCGCCAGCUCGCCGUACUUCCGAGACCACAUGUCCUUGAGCCAGAUGAGCACCGUGUCGUUGACGGUGAUCCGCAACCCGUCGGUGUUCGAGCAGCUGCUGACUUUCUGCUACACCGGCCGACUCUGCCUCCAGCUCGCAGACAUCAUUAGCUAUCUGACUGCUGCCAGCUUCCUACAGAUGCAGCACAUCAUCGACCGCUGCACCCAGAUCCUGGAGGGCAUCCAUCUCAAGAUCAACCUGGCUGAUCUGGAUGAUGAAUCCAGAGGAGAGGAGGUCGUGCGAGGGUCUAGGAGGUCCACUGAAACUGUGGUCCGUGGAGGCGGUCAUCAGGGGGGUCUACGUCUGCUGGGAUCGCGGGGGGGAGUGGAGGCAAGUGAGGCGGGCAGUCCAACUGAGGAGCAGCUCAGCCCCCCACCGACUGUGGAACACAGCGGGCUGGAAGGGCCCCUGACGUCCAGCAGGGUGGCCAAGGAGCCCAUCCUACGCAUAAACCGUGCCGGCCAGUGGUACGUGGAGACGAGCAGCGAGCCAGAGCGGGCCGGCAGCGCAGAAGAGGGCGGGGACGGAAUCAGGAUCAAGACAGAGAGGAUGGAAGAGUGGAUCGGAGCAGGAGACAACCAGGAGGACGGGGUGCAGAUGGAGGAGGGGGCAACCGUGAUGAUCGACUCCUCUGGACGCAGCACACUUGUGACAGGGCCACUGGGAGCUCUGGGGGCCCGGAGUGCACAGCCGUCUUCCAGCUUUAGCGAGACGGACAGGUUCAGCCCGACCGGCAGCGUGGUCGUCCUGACGGAGCGCCAGAGAGCGAAGAGCGAGUCUCCCAGCAGAGCAGACGAGCUACGGCAGCCAAGCUCACAGGGGGAGGAGCAUCCAGCGUUCGACAUGGGCGGCUACGAGGAGUACCUGAGGGAGCAGGUAGGAGACCGCUGGUACCGCUACAACCCUCGGCUCACCUGCAUCUACUGCUGCAAGUCCUUCAACCAAAAAGGCAGCCUUGACCGCCACAUGCGUCUGCACAUGGGCAUCACGCCGUUCGUCUGCCGCAUCUGCGGCAAAAAGUACACCCGCAAGGACCAGCUGGAGUAUCACAUCCGCAAGCACACGGGCAACAAGCCCUUCCAUUGCCACGUCUGCGGGAAAAGCUUCCCCUUCCAGGCGAUCCUCAACCAACACUUCCGCAAGAACCACCCAGGCUGUGCCCCCCAGGAGGCCCACAGCGCCUCCCCUGAAACCACCACCACCUCCGUCACGUCGAGGGGAGGCCCGAGCGACGAGGCCUCCCCGAGCCAAGAGGAGCCAGAAGGCGGCGGAGGAGGAGGUGGGAGCAGCAGCGGAGGGCAGUACGGGGACGGCCCCCAAGCCUCUGUUUCCACCACAGGGCCCGACUGAUCCCCAUGAAAGGAUGGGAGUGGAGGGUGACAGACCAGGAGGGGUCAUCCAGUUGCACCAGAACUGGAUGCAGAACGGCCUGAAGUCAACUGAGCCCUUAAAAGAGUCCAAACUGAGAUUUUAUUUCCGCUUUAAACCGUAUCUACCUUCACCAAGCGAACCGGACAGAUUAAGCUAAAAUGAAGAAAUGCCACACACGUGUACAACCUCAUGCACCGCACAGUUCCGGGGUUCUCCUUUGCCUCCGUCUUAUUAAUGCUACACAGUUCUGCUUUUUAGUACGUAACAGCCUCACCAUGCAACUCCGACACAGUUUGCCAAACAGUGGAACAGGUCAACCCGUGGUAAUUGCCUUGAGACAAUCCAGAGCCGUCAGGUCAACGACAUACCCCUCACGCUCUUCAAGUGCCACGUCUGACAUUUUGUCGCACAAAAACGUCCAAGAGAAAGUGCAGCUGCAAGAGCUCCGGUGUGAUCGAGUCGCUCGUGUGUUUUCUUCGUCACAUUUCAAGACCCUUAACAGGUUUCUCACUUAACUUGCACAGAUAUACCUCAUUUAGUUACACUUACCUAAUAUUUCACUCAGAGCCGUUACAUUUAACCUGUUAGUCUUUUUUUUUUUAAAUGCAAUGUCUUCAGUUUGAAAUGAAAUUUGGUCCAAACAAGUUCUGUUCAUCAGCAAUUGUUUUCUGAGCAAAACCAAAUGCAAAGAGUUAUAAUGACUUACAGCAAUUUUGAUCUUCAGCAGUUAGUGUUAAAAGUAUUUUAACAUCUUGUGUUUUUUGAUGUUCAGUCAUAAUACGUCCCAUCACACGGUCUUAUUUCCGUUGCCUGUGACAUCAGCGUCAAUGCCCGAUUCUCUGAGCAUUGUAGGUUUUAAACUCUGUAAGCAUCUGGUCGGAUCAAACUCGAUGAAAGGACAAAUUCACAGCUGGACGUCCAAAAGCUGUACAGCGUACAGCCGCAGAUAAGCUACACACAGCUCAGUUACCUCUGAUCACUACGCAAUACAGCUGCUGCACAGCGCCGCCACCACGGAGCAUUUCUGUUCACGCACUCCAGGGUUUCUGUCUAAACCAAACCAACAUUUACUGUUUUUUUAUGUUUUGUUUUUCUGUGCACAAUGUGUGUGACCCAAAAUCCUUUUUUUUUUUUUUGUGGUUAGGGAGCGCAAACCAGUUCCUGUCACUGGUAUGUGUUAAACCUGCUGCACUCUAAUGCUACCGUCUCCAGAUUGGCCUGAAAAUCUUCUACAACAACCUGGAAAACAGCCGGACAGCUGGCAGCUCUAGUGAACGGUGUGUAAAUGUCUGCGGCAUGACGGCAGCCGUCCAUAUCAAGGCGGCCGGUGGGGACUUGAUAUGUGCCAUACUGCACCACUGCUCAUUCGCACAUCAGAUUCUUCCUCUUUGCUCUUCUUGUGGGCAUUACUCUUCUUCUAUGAGUGAUUCAGCAAGCACAAUGGUCUGUCGUCUUCGUAGUUUUCUCAGCAUCAAACGCAAUUGCUCCAGACGCAGGUCGCUUGAGUCGCUGUGGUGCUAUCAACACCAUGAUGAGUUUUGUGCAUUGCCAGGCCCCUGGCCCGGUCAACAGCCCUCAUCGAGUGCCCUUAACAGAUGAUUUCCAACAGUUGGACGGUGGCAGUGGGGAGGCAAGACGGUGGUUGGAGGGUAGCAGUAUUAAUCAGCCGAUUAUCAGGCAAGUUUGGGGACCUUGGAGACCCUCCUAUCAGUCAGUUAUUGCGCUGCUGCCUUCCUGCCACACGCCUGUCACUGGACUGCCACUGCGCGACCUCCAAAUGUGCCUGGGGGGCCACCGAUCGAUGUCAAAAACUCGUCCGGUCACUGUAAAAUGUAAAGUUUCUCUUAAAACCUCAGUGUCCACCGUGUAGCGUGUAAGAAUGCGUUUACUGCCUUCCGAUUACAAAUCCCGCUGCGUGGCCACCUGCCGAAUUUGCUAAAAAACUUCCAUUUAGGUUGCCACGCCGAGGGUUUUUUGGGAUAUGUGACCGUAGUCUUAACUGUUGCGAGUUAGUAUGAUUUGAAGAUUAACAUAUUAUAGAUUAUCAACUUUUCACCCACAGUUCUGUUGCUAACUAUUGGCAUUUUUAAAAUUCAGCACAGAAUUAUGGGUAAUUUAAAGACAACCAAUUAAUUUAUUUUCAGUUAGAAAUGAUUGCAGAGAGAAAAAGAGAUUUUGCUUUUAUCUAAACUGUUGUAAGUUAGUUUGUGUUUUGAACCUUCAACGGUUGUAAUUUUAUCGCCUUUUAUGAAUUUCAUUUGCUAGAGUUGGUUUUUCCACCAUCCUGGUAGGUUUCUUCAAAGCCAGCUUAUGUCUACGUUUGCGUCUAUUAAAUUACAAAUUUAUUAAAUCACCUCUAUAAUGUAAAAUUGCUUAAAAGUAAAUUUAAUUCCUGUUUAUUUAUUUGCUCAUUUGCAGUUUUUUCAGCUUUACUUUAAUGCUUUUAAUUUAAAAUCAUCUUUUCAACUAAAAACUUUAUAAAUGUUAGUUGUUUUGAGUAAUGCAAGCCUGAAAGGUUAUGCAAUUUGACAGAGCCGAGUUUAAUGGAAGAACUGUGUGGAGUGCAGCAGCUUUAAAACCUAACAGAUGACAGUGGAGCUCAGUUCACACACAGGAAAGCAUCGCGGCGGGACUCAGACCCCGUGGGACCGGAUGGAUGUAGUGGCCAAGCCAUGAAGCUGGACAUUUAGAAGAAAAAGAGAAAUGAAAUGGGGGAAUAAAGGUCUCCAGAAGUCUUUCCUACUUGUGGCCAAAACCAGGUCGCACCAUCUGGCAAUCACAGGGGGAGAAAAAGGCAUGGCCAUAAUCACUUCAGCACUUAACAGGCGAGAAAAACUGGGGUGCAAAGAUUUUAUCAAAGCUGAGCUAUAAACAAAUGGAACCAUAAUAUCAGACAAACAUAUUUAAACUUUGAUACCUGCAUAUGGAAAAAUGUAUUCUUUCAAAACGAUGAACUGAACUCAUUUGUACGCAGGUUUAGCAGGCAGCACACGAAUGGCCAAUUACUGUUUUCUACAGGACUGUGAAUCCGAUUCUCAGUGGACGGUAAAUGUUUUUUUAUGCAAGCAAAGCCAGCGGCUCUGCUCCUCGCUCCGAGUGACUCCAGCUCUCCUCACGGCGGGAGCCGCCGCGACGCUCACUCUUUCAGGCUUAUCCAGGAACUAUCAGGUAUAAAGACUCUUCUUCGAUUUCCCUCAAGUGGACGUUUCCCUUCCGCUUCGUAGCAGAGCGUUAACGGAUGACCUCAGUGCGGUUUGCACCCUGCAACAAAGAACUGACCUACAAAUGAACAAAUGAGAAGAUGUGAUGAGAUGAUCGUGGGGUUUUCAGUGGUGGAUGACAGAAUUGACACCAAUCGGGGCUGGGCAAUAUGAGGAGGGAGGAUCAAAGCAGCAGCACAUGCAGGUUUGGGUUUAAAUUGAUCACUUUAUUUGCUAUUUCACUUCGUUUGUAGUUUAUUUAACAGGUGUGUUUUUUAAACUGUUCACAGUCUUAUACUGAAAAUGACUUUAAAGCACACCACCAACCUCUUUAAGAAAUUUUUUUGUUUUCUGUGUGGUCGAAUGAAUACAACCAUAGAAAAGAGCGGAUUAAUGACAAAAAUGAAAACAUAUUUGACAUCAUUCUCAUGUCUGGCAGAACUUUUCUCUUGUGGUUUUGUCUGGGAUGUGAGUGCGUUCACUCAUUUAUCCUUUUUUUUCACCAAUGGCUAGAUACCAACUACACCUUUUCUGCUUUAAAUCUAGUUAAAACUGCUGGUAACCCCAUGCUGCUGCUGCUGCUGCUGCUUUAUCUGUGUUUUCUUGUAGUUUUUACAGUGUGAGAGAAAACCUCCCAGAAGGUUUUGCAAACAGUUGGAAGUCCUCACCAGAAAGAACAAUGUUCUUUUUCCUAUUACCCCUGGAAAAAGUCCUUUUAACAAAUGCAAAAAUUAAAAAUCAAACCCUGCUGACUGUGACUCAGGCUUAGAUAACUGAAAAUUUCACUUAAAAAGCAUGUUGCUCAGCCCUUGAUACAAUAAUUAAAACUGUUGGUUUUCUUCAUCUGAAACUCCUGGAACUAAGAGAUUAUACUUUUUAUAUAUAUCUAUAUAAGAGUGUGUUUUCACAAAUGCUACGCUUUAUGUUUCCUUUUGUCACUAAUUAUUUUUUUCUUCCUGCUUUGAGUUGGAAAACAACGCGGUUACAACUUUACAGCAAAGCAACACAUCAUUUCACGUCAGGAAUAAGCUGAGCCGCUCUGGUCCGGAUCCUCUAAAGGAGUCUACAGGGAGAAUAGUCAGAUCACAGCGCUGUCAUGCAUUUUUGAACUCAUUAUUUACACACACACACGUU